AUGAAAAUGGCCAUGCUCAAGCAUGAAGAAACCUUCAGGCAACAGGUUCACGAGCUGCAUCGCCUGUACCGCAUCCAGACGCAGCUCAUGGCCGGCGACCUUAGCACGCGCCGGCAGCCUCGGCGGCCCGGCAACAAGCAGCCGCGCCGUGUACUGAACCUGCAGCUGCCCCCCGACCAGUACCUUGUCGGCGCCGAGGACGAGGACGACGAGGAGCUGGAGCUGGAGCUGACGCUCGCCGUCGGAGGGAGGAUCGGCAGCGCACCCAAGAAGCGAGGAGAUGCCAAGUACAGCGCCGGCGGCCGCUUCGCGUCAGGCUGCUCCGGCGGCACGAGCCUCUCGUCGUCGUCGCCGCCGUCGGCGGCUGAGUACUCCUGGGGCGCCGCCGGGGUCGCGCUCCAUGGCUACGCGCCACUGCGGCGGCCGUGCCAGAGAACUAUGGCGUUCGACCUCGGCAUGGCGGAGGCGAUGAAGCAGCACCAGUCACCGUGGCAGCUGGUACAAUGCCAGUACCCCAGCCUCAGGAUGACAUGA